AUGGCCCGUCUAGACUGGGCACAGAAGCAAGAUGUAUCGGAGCUGGCGGUUGAAAUGGUGGAGGUUCCCGCAACAAAGGGUGUGCUCAAUCUCAACAAGGAGCUUCCCAACCCUCAUGCAAAUCUUCCCGAUGAUGCCUAUUACCUCCUCCCCGACGAAAAAGACUCCGGAAAAAGUCCUUUAUCCGAAGAAGACGCAACCUUUGCCCACCUACCUCAUGACGAAAAGCGCAUACUCCAGUGCCAGCUGGACCAGCCCAACCCCACCGUUUCUCUAUUCGGUCUUUAUAAGUAUGCUUCACGUCGCGAUCUGAUAAUUGUGGCUAUCAGCGCUUUAUGUUCGAUUACGGCUGGUAUUGCGCACCCAUUAUUUGCGAUUAUAUUUGGCUCGAUGUCCAUGAACUUCUCCAAAGUUCAGAGUGGAACUAUGGAUAAAGAAGAUUUCAUGCGCGAGUUGAACCACAGUGUUCUGUAUUAUGUGUAUUUGGGAAUCGGCGAGUUUAUCACAGUGUAUAUCAGUAUGGUUGGUUUCAUGCACACAGGAGAACAUAUCACACAACAAAUCCGGGAGAAGUACCUGGAGGCAAUCCUGCGACAGAAUAUUGGUUACUUCGAUAAGCAGGGCACCGGCGAGAUCACCAAUCGAAUUACUGGCGAUACCAACUUGAUACAAGAGGGCAUAUCCGAGAAGGUAGGCCUCACUUUGACGGCCAUCUCAACCUUUUUCACCGCUUUUAUUGUCGCCUACUGCAGUUACGCCAAGUUGGCUGGUAUCUGCACAUCGACAGUUGUCGCUAUAGUCCUUCUGGGCUCCAUUGGAUCACGCUUCAUUGUUAAAUACAGUGAGCUCUCCCUGCAGUGCUAUAGUACUGGUGGUACUGUUGCCGAAGAAGUGAUCAGCUCGAUCCGCAAUGCCACCGCAUUCGGGACCCAGGAUAAGCUUGCACGGCAAUAUGAGAGCCAUUUGAAGAUGGCCGAACGAUGGGGUAUGCGUAUGCAGACAGCAAUGGGUCUUCUGAUUGCAUCUAUGUUCGCUAUGAUGUUCUUGAACUAUGGACUGGGCUUUUGGAUGGGAUCUCAAUUCCUGGUUGAAGGCAAAAUCCAAAUCGGACAGGUUCUGACCAUUUUGAUGGCCAUCCUCAAUGGUUCAUUCAGCCUGGGAAAUAUUAGCCCGAAUGCUCAAGCCUUUACUAAUGCUGUGGCUGCUGCCGCUAAAAUCUUUGGUACGAUUGAGCGUUACUCCCCUAUCAAUCCAACAUCCGAUGAGGGUAUUUGUCUACCUUCUAUUAAAGGAGAUAUCCGCUUCAACAACGUGAAGCAUAUCUACCCCUCGCGUCCCGAUGUCACUAUUAUGAAGGAAAUGAACUUGACAUGCCCUGCCGGUACUGUGACUGCCUUAGUUGGACCCUCAGGCUCUGGCAAGUCUACAGCUGUCGGGCUGAUUGAGCGAUUCUACCUGCCUGUGAGCGGUACUGUUUCUCUCGAUAAUCAUGAUCUCCAAACACUUAACCUACGAUGGUUGCGCCAGCAGAUCUCAUUAGUGAGCCAAGAGCCUAUUCUGUUCAAAUCUACCAUCAGCGAAAACAUUCGAUAUGGGUUGAUCGGAACUCGCCACGAAUAUAAGCCCUCAUGGAGAAUCCGUGAACUGGUUGAGAAGGCUGCCAAGAUGGCCAAUGCCCACGAUUUUAUCACUGCUCUGCCGGAAGGAUACGAAACAAAUGUUGGCCAGAGUGGCUUUCUGCUAUCUGGUGGGCAGAAGCAGCGAAUUGCAAUUGCUCGCGCUGUUGUGUCUGAUCCUAAGAUUCUCCUGUUGGACGAGGCCACAUCUGCACUUGAUACAAAAUCCGAGGGCGUGGUGCAAGCGGCCCUCGACAAGGCUGCAGAGGGACGUACCACCAUUGUUAUUGCCCACCGACUGUCGACUAUCAAGAACGCAAACAACAUCGUUGUGUUUGUCAAGGGCGAAAUUCAAGAACAAGGGACUCACGAAGAGCUAAUUGAAAGACGGGGUCAUUACCAUAGCUUGGUAGCAGCCCAACACAUCGCUGAAAGCAAGCCAGAUGCUGAGGGAUUCGAUCCCGAUAUGGUCUUCCAACAGCCAUUUGCCAAUCAGCCACGCAUCAAGUCGAUGUGGCGUGCAUCGACGGCUGACCCGUUGUCUAUGUACCGUCGUGGAUCUAUAGCUCGUCAUACCUCUGUUCGUCAGGGCUCUAUUGUUCGCCAUAGCUCUGUCAUUCGAAAGGGCUCCGUUGUUCGCCAUAGCUCCGUUAUUCGUCAGGGCUCUGUUAUCCUUCAUGAUACUCUACCUCAUCGUGGAUCUGUGGCUCACCACGCCUCUAUAGCCCAUCCUUCCUCAGCGUUACGCCCCCACUCAGUAUUUCACCCUGCUAUGCGUGGCUCCUGGAAUCGUGGAUCGAUGAUACGACCGCCUACUUUUUACCCCGAUAGCAAUCAACGUGCCACUUUGCUGCUCCGCCCCGAAGAUCGUGCUGCUCUUGGUAUCUUCUCUCAAGAUAUGUCAAACACCAUGGAUUCCAUACAGCCAGUCAACCCAACCGAGUACCUUCGUCAUAGCUAUUUUGGCAUGCAGCAGACUGGCGACGACGACGACUCACAUUCAAGCUUCAUUCUUGCCGAAGAAGAAGCGGAACAACCCAGCCAGUACUCUCUCUUCUCCCUUAUCAAGUUUACCUUUUCGUUCAAUGCGGACCAAGGGAGAGUCCUAACGGCUGGAUUUAUCUUCGCAAUUCUCGCUGGCUGUGGUCAGCCUAUCCAAGCCUAUUUGUACUCGCAAGCAAUUGGAGCCAUUUCUCUCCCCUCCAGUGAAUAUACUGAGCUUCGCUCCGACGUCGAUUUUUGGUCUCUGAUGUUUCUGAUAACUGGCAUUGCCCAAUUCCUUACCAUGGGGGCCAUGGGUGUUGCCUUUGCAUACUGCUCUGAGCGUUUGAUUUUCAAUGCCCGAAGCAAGGCCUUUCGCGCUAUCCUUCGUCAGGAUAUGAACUUCUUUGAUCGUGAGGAGAAUAGCGUCGGUGCUUUGACUUCUUUCCUUUCAACUCAAACCAAGUCUCUUGCUGGUAUUAGUGGUCAAACCCUAGGCACAAUUCUUUCGUGCAGCACGACUCUUGUUGUCAGUAUAACUAUUGGUCUUAUCUUCAGCUGGCAGCUGGCUCUGGUUGUUAUGUGUGGAGUUCCUGUUCUCUUGGCCUGUGGUUACUACCGAUUUGAGAUGCUCGCCGCAUUUCAGAGCCGCUCCAAGGAAGCAUACGCGGAGUCUGCUGCUUAUGCCUGCGAAGCUACAUCCGCUAUCCGCACUGUGGCUUCUCUCACCCGCGAGGAUGAUGUGGCGAAGCACUUCCACCAGCAGCUAGAGGCUCAAACUUAUAAGAGCCUUAUUGCGGUUUCCAAGUCCUCCACCCUUUACGCUGCCUCCAUGGCCAUGGUGUUCUUUUGUAUUGCCCUUGGUUUUUGGUGGGGUGGCACUUUGGUAUCUCGCGGCGACCUUGGUCUACUUGGGUUUUUCAUCUGCUUUACGGAAAUCUUAUUUGGAGCUCAGUCGGCGGGAAGUGUGUUCUCAUUCUCUCCUGACAUGGGAAAAGCCAAGAACGCUGCCAUUCAGACUCGUAUCCUACUAGAGCGCGAGCCUCCCAUUGACACCUGGUCCGAGGAAGGUGAGCGUGUCUGGAAGAUGGAAGGCGAGAUUGAAUUCCGAGAUGUGCAUUUCAGCUACCCCACUCGACCGGAACAGCCUGUGCUACAAGGUCUGAAUCUGACUGUCAAGCCCGGCCAGUAUGUCGCUCUUGUCGGACCUUCGGGAUGUGGAAAGAGUACGACAAUCUCCCUUUUGGAGCGCUUUUACGAUUGCUUGGAUGGAGGGGUUUAUGUUGAUGGCCGUAAUAUCGCCGACCUGAACGUCAAAUCCUACCGAGACCACCUUGCUCUGGUCAGUCAAGAGCCUACUCUAUACCAGGGCACUAUUUAUGAGAAUGUCAUGCUUGGUGUUGGGCGACGCCACAUCACCGAUGCCGAUGUUGAGAAGGCCUGCCGUGAUGCGAAUAUUUACGACUUCAUCAUCUCUUUGCCCGACGGAUUCAACACUGUUGUCGGGAAUAAGGGUGGUAUGUUGUCUGGCGGGCAGAAGCAGCGGGUUGCUAUUGCCCGAGCUCUUUUGCGCCAGCCUAAGAUUCUGUUGUUGGACGAGGCUACGUCGGCUCUUGACUCUGAAUCCGAAAAGAUCGUGCAAACUGCCCUAGACGCCGCUGCCAAGGGCCGUACUACCGUUGCCGUCGCCCAUCGCCUGAGUACCAUUCAGAACGCAGACGUUAUCUACGUGUUCGAAGAUGGCAAAGUCGUGGAAGCUGGAAACCACAUUGAGUUGAUGAGGAAGAGGGCCCGCUACUUUGACCUUGUCAAUCUCCAGAGCCUAGAAAAAUCUACUUGA